GCGGCUCGUCGCCCCGAGUGAUGGGUCCAUUGUUUGGUUUGGGACUCGACAAUUGCGACGCAACAACAAACCAUUCGCGACUUUGAGUUUAAGAACAAACAAGUCUCUACAACAACCAUCAGCACAUCUACGGCCGCAAAACCCUUCAGACCGACUCAAUUUCGGAAACCAACAAUUACACAACACGAACAAAACAAAACCCCAAACGAGAACCAGACAAAAACCGCCAAAAUGCUUCUCGAAGAAGACCCCUCCACACUAAUCGCCCACACAACCCAAAACUUCAACAUAACCCCUGACCGGCACGCCGUCUCGCGCGUCGCCGAAUCGCUCUCCACCCUCCAACAAGCGCGCGACCUACGCCUGCGCGAAUCCGAAACCAACCUGAAGAAACUCGCGCGCACCCUCAACACCCUACAAUCCCAGCACCAAGAAGUUACCUCCUCGCACAGUUCCGCCGAACACGCCUCUUUGAUUUCGCGCCUAGACACCCAGAAAUUCCGCGUAGCAAAGAAUGUGUCAGACCUCGAAAUGGAAACGGAACGGUUGCAGACGCAGUUGGCGGAGUUACAGGCGAGACUGCAGGAGUUGGAGUUGCAGGGGGUUGAUGGGGAUGCUGCUGCCACAUCAACAGGAGAAAAUGGGAGUGGGAAUGGGGGGCAGGUCCGGAGCGUAGAGGAUGAAGUGUUGUUAAGGUUGAAGGUGUAUAGGAGUUUGGGGAUCGAGAUUGAGAGGGAGGAGCAAGAUGGGGAGUUUACGAGGGCGGUGGUGAGGAAUGAUAGGCGGGGGGAUGUGUGCGUGGUUAAUGUGGACCGGCAUCGGUUUUCAAGGUUUUUUUAUGCGAAUUAUUUUUGGCAGACGCUGUAGGGGUGUUGCUGGGGGUAAUGAGGGGGCUUUGGAUGGCAAGCAAUGGAAUGAUGGGUUAGGUUGCGGUUACGGAUGGUUAUGAAAGGGUAUGAUGCAUGGAUGGAAUUGGCGUCUGGAGGAGUUUGGGCGGGAAUAAUACCAUGUUGAAUUAUUGUUGUUUGGAAACAUUAUCAGAUUUCUUAGU